AUGCGAAAUAAAUUGAUAAAUUUAAGAUCGAAACGUAUAUAUAAGUUGAUUAUUUUGUUGAUUUUUUGUAUCAUUUUAAAGUAUUAUAAAUGGUGUGACUUUAAAAAUAAAGUUUUUUUUAUUCAAUUAGUGUAUUCUUUUGCAAAAAAAAGUGUCUGUACUUCAUCAUCAGAUGAUUCAACAUGUCAUACAGUAACUUUCGGUGAAUUGGACGUUUCUAAUAAUUCGGUAGUAAGAUUGAAAGUGAUGAGAAAAGGAGGAAAAGGAUAUUUCCUAACAAUUCGAAGGGAUUAUGUAACUGUCUCAUAUUAUUUGAAAUAUGUGAAGGACAUUCCUUUAGAAUUCAGAGAAGUUAUAGAUAUAUUUAAUAAUCAUAAAUUUGAACAAUAUACACAAGAACAAAUAGAUAAAUAUACAUAUGCAUGUAAUGUACGUAAAAUUGAAGAUAUAGAUAAAUAUGAUGAAAAAAACCCAACUAAUUUUCAUGAAUAUACACGAGGAGAAGCAUGUAGAUGUCAAUCAUAUAAUUACUUUAAAGAUGAUGAAUUUAUAAAAAGAGCAAAAUUAAAAUGUAUUUAUUUUAAUAUGCUAUUUACUGAAUCAGCGACAGUAUAUAGUAGGCAUUGCCCUAUUAUGGAUUCAAUGCAUUUUGCAGUUUAUGAAAUAGAAUAUCCACCAAUAUUUAAUACAACUGUUAAUAUAACAAUAGAAGAAUAUUAUUACAAUGAUGUAGCGUCUGUUUUAAACAAUAAAUCAGAUUUAGUUACAAAAGAAAAAAAAUAUCAAUUAAAUGAUAGUAUAACAGAAAUAAGAGAUGAUUAUUUUGAUUUAUGGUUAUUUUUAAAAGGUGAAACACAUGGAAAAAGAACCCUCAUUAAUUUAUCAAACGAGUAUAUUGUUAUUCCAUCAUCACCUAUUAAUAAUAAAGAUGUUAUAGCUAGUGAUAUAACAAAAAAUUGUGGACUAUCACAUGAUUCACCGUUAUUAAAAGGCUGUAAUUAUUCAAAUAUAUGCGAUACUAUGCACCCAUGUUUACGAAAAGCUAUGAUGCUACCAAAAUAUAUGUUUGAUUUAAGUGGUAAAACAUGUGGUAAGUUAGGUGUAUCUUUAAAUACUUGGAGAAAAUCAGAAGGGAACUUUUGUGGAUCAGAAGCUGGACAUUGUAUAUCAAAUAAUCUCAAAAAAUAUUAUGAUAUCCAUAACUCUGCAUCUAUAAAAGAUGGUGUUUCUCUUUCAAAGUAUAAAAUAAAAAAUAUAUAUAAUUCUGAACCACAAACUAAGAUAUAUGAAUCCUAUAAGAUGCCCAAUCAUUUAAAAGAUAAAGUUAAGAAUAAUAAAAAUGCACAAAUAGAUGAAAAUGAUUUUGAUAAUAGCAUUUUUUAUAAACCAAAUGUAGCUGCACAUGCCCAAUUCAUUGAUUACAAAUAUAAUGGAAAUCAUAGUGUAGAAAUAAAAUUUGAAACAGAUGCUAUAGAAGUAUAUGAAAUAAGACCUGUUUCCAUUGCAACUAUUACUCAUGUUACUAUACCAAAUGAGUGUGCAUCUAGUAAUUCAAAUUCAAAUGAAUGUGUUCUUAUUACACAUGUAUGGAAUAGUAGUAAAUUCAUAGGGUCAAAUUUCUCUUGUUCAAUUACAUGUACAAAUAAAGAAACUGGCCAAAUGGCUAGUCACAUUAACCCUAUCGCACCAGUGCGUGCAUUUAUUGGACCAAAUAAAAACUAUGCUUUUUAUUUUAUAAUAAAAUUUUUAAUCAAUAAAGAAAUUACAACAUUGUGCAAAGCUAUUAUAAAAGAUUCCAAUGGGAAAGAAUGCUCUACAGAAGAAUUCGAAUUACAAUCAAAAGAGAGUGUACAUGUUGUUGAGACAGAAGUAGAUGGAGGAACAGAGGAAGUAGUAAUAAUAGAACAGCAUACACCAUCACCUGAUAUUAAAAAUCCGGAUGAAUAUGCAUGUAAUUGUACUAUUAAUUUAUUAUGUUAUGUAAUUAAUUUUAAAACAUGUUCUAAUUAUUAUAUAAAUUUAAUUAAAACCCUAAUUGGUAAAUUUGCUAUUAUAGCUAUAUUAAUUAUAUUAGCCCCUGCCUUAAUACCUCUUCUACCAUUCAUUUUGAAUUUCUUUUUUCUUUUUAUAUCUACUAUACUUAAAUUAUAUCAAUCUAUUAUAAACACAUUAGGGAAAAUAAGCAUACGAAACAAUGACAAACAUAUUGUUUAUAAAAAAAAAAUUCAUGACAUGAAAACCAACUAUCUAUCUGCUUCUUCACAUUCAUCACUAUCUGAUUCAAGCAGUAUACAUUCCAAUAAUUCAGUAUCAUCGAUGAGAAAAAAUAAAAAAAAAUUCGAUACAGGUAAUAUAUCAAGCUAUGCAAAACAAAAAAAAGGGAAUAAAAAGGUUAAACCAAAAGAGCCAAAUCGAAAAUAA